UGCAAUGGCAAUGGAGUUUCAACCCCACCACCAACUCAAUGUCAUUUUUCUUCCAUAUCCAGCCCCUGGCCAUAUGAACCCCAUGAUAGACACAGCAAGGCUAUUUGCCAAGUAUGGUGUUAGUGUUACCAUUAUCACUACCCAUGCUAAUGCUUUGAUAUUCCAAAAAGCCAUAGACAAUGAUUUUAGCAAUGGAUAUCCCAUCAGAACUCAACUUAUCCAAUUCCCUGCAGCCCAAGUUGGUCUCCCUGAUGGGUUUGAAAACAUCAAAGAUGGCAAUUCCCCAGAAAUACUUGGUAAAAUUACUAUGGGAAUAUUGCUGCUCAAAGAUCAAAUUGAGCUUCAGUUUCAGAAUCUGCAACCGGAUUGUAUAGUGACUGAUAUGUCUUAUCCUUGGACAGUGGAAUCUGCUGCAAAACUUGGUAUUCCAAGGCUUUACUAUUACUGCUCAAGCUACUUCUCAACCUGUGCCAUGUAUUCUGUCCGUAAGCAUAAACCUUAUGAAAACUUAGUCUCCGAUACUCAGAAGUUUACAAUUCCUGGUUUACCUCAUAGCAUAGAGAUGACCACUCGGCAGCUUGAAGAAUGGGUAAGGCCUGAUAGUGUUAAAGAAGUCAGAGAAUCUUUUGAUGCAAUAUUUGAAUCAGAGGGCAGAAGCUAUGGGGCACUGUACCAUAGUUUUCAAGAACUUGAAAGUGAAUAUGUGCAACUUCAUGAGAGCAUAAAGGGGAUCAGAUCUUGGAGUGUAGGACCAGUUUCAGCUUGGAUUAAUAAGGAUGGUGGACAGAGCCAAGAACUUGCACUUGCAAAAGAGCCAGAGCCAGAGUGGCUAAAUUGGCUUAACUCAAAGCAAAAUGAGUCUGUGUUAUAUGUAUGUUUUGGAAGCCUAACCAGACUCUCUCAUGCUCAGCUUGUUGAACUUGCUCAUGGACUUGAAAAUUCUGGUCAUUAUUUUAUCUUGGUAAUUAGGAAAAUAGAUGGAGAUGAAGAUGGAAACAGUUUCCUGCAAGAAUUUGAGCACAGGAUGAAAGAGAGCAACAAGGGCUACAUCAUACGGAAUUGGGCACCACAGUUGCUCAUAUUGGACCACCCUGCCAUAGGAGGAAUUGUGACUCAUUGUGGUUGGACCUCCAUUCUUGAAAGCAUGAGUGCUGGUUUGCCAAUGAUCACAUGGCCAAUGUUUGCAGAGCAAUUUUACAAUGAGAAAUUGCUAGUUGAUGUCUUGAAGAUUGGAGUCCCAGUGGGAUCAAAAGAAAACAAUUUUUGGGUCAGUAUGGGUGAGGAUCCAAUGGUGAGAAGGGAAGAGAUCACUGAGGCUGUGGUACGGUUCAUGGGAAGAGAAGGAGAGAGCACAGAAAUGAGGAAGAGAGCAAGAAAACUUGGUGAUGCUGCGAAGAAGACUAUAGAGGAAGGUGGAUCCUCUUACAACAACUUGAUGCAGUUGAUAGAUGAGCUAAAAUCAUUGAAGAUAUGCAAGAUCACUUGA